AUGUGUUGGCAAUGGCUGAUGCUGCAACUGAUGAUGCUCAUGCUGCUACUGGUCGACGGUGCCUCCAAACGUGUUAAGCUGUGUCUGCAGCCAAUGGUCAGCGGUCGUUGUUUUGGCCAUGUGGAGAGCUAUGCCUAUAAUCCGCUCCAGCGGCGCUGUGAAUCCUUCAUCUAUGGUGGCUGCGGUGGCAAUGAGAAUCGAUUUGACAGCAAGGCCGAGUGCGAGUACAAUUGCCGUGAUAUUUAAAGCUCAUAAUGCAUGAUGUAUGUAUGAUGUGACAAUAAGAACUACAACUACAACUAGAUCAGA